UUGUAAAAAAUCAAAAACCACGAAAUCCGGCUCUCUCCUCCUUCUCUCCCUCCCUUGCUAAUCCUCUCUCUCACUCCGGCUACCGGCGACGGAGGUCGCUUACCCUCUGUCUCACUCCGGCGCAAGAGUUCCGGCCACCGGCGACCUACCUCCCUCCCUAAGAACGGGUUUUGCUCCACCGGCGAGUAGUCUCUCUCUCUCCUCCACCGGCCACCGGCGAAGAAGGUCUCUCUCUUCCACCGGCGUUGAAGAAGGCUCUCUCUUUCCUCCACCGGCGUUUCAGGUAAAAAAACAUCAACUAUAGUGAGUGUUUGUGGUUAUGGUCUAGAAUGAAUUCUGAUGAUAAAUGCAAGGCGAGGUUGGCAAGGCGGUUGAAGAGAAGGUCCAUUGCCAAUUCUAACUUUAGAAAGAAAAGUGGGAAAAAUAGUUUUAAAAUGGAAGAUGUGCAUAUAGACUUGGAUGAGCAUGAUGAGGGUGCAGAUGAUAAUGCUAGGCGUUCGAAUGAUUGUCAUGACGAUGGCAAGACCGAGAAAAACAAUGAACAAGUUGGAGAUCCGCAGCCUAACAUGUGCUUGGAUGAUGAUGUUAUGGAUUGUGAUUAUAAGAUCUUCUUUGAAAAUUUGAGGGUUGGUGGAAAUUUUGUAUUUAGGCGUGCAAGUGGUAUACCGGUGAGAUAUGAGGCGGAUGCAGAGAGUUCAAGCAAUCCAGAAAUAAUUGCCGUAGGCAAAAAUCCAUUUUGUGGUGGAGAUCGCAGCCCAUUCAUAUCUUCAAAAUGUGAUUCAAUUAUCGAUCUAGACAGCAAAAAAUCCAAUGGAAGUCCCGGCAGUAGCAGUCAUUCUCAGUACCAGGGUAAGUUCCUUAUGACACUCUGUUUUGGUUGUGUGCACUUUUCAAAUGGAAAGAUCGAUCUAGACAGCAAAAAAUCCAAUGGAAGUCCCGGCAGUAGCAGUCAUUCUCAGUACCAGGCUGCAGCACCAAAGAAUUGCAAUGCUAGCAAUUUUUUUAGCCAUAAUCCAUUGGGAGGGCAUCUUUCCUUGAAGUCAUAUCCAGAGGAACAACUCCUGAAGCCCAGUUGGUCUUCAAGUGAUUUUGCCAUUGGUCAGGUAUGGGCUCUGUACAGUGGAAAACAUUUUUUGCCUAGGCAAUACAUCAGAAUAGAUAAUUUAAUUUCUGAGAGCCAAGUAUGUGGGACUUUCUUAGAAGCUCUACCUACUUUUGACCAUGAGAUUGCUUGGAAGAAAGAAAAGCUACCCACUGUAUCCGGGAUGUUUGAGGUCAGUGGAAUUAGUGUUAACCUUGAAAUGUCACAGUUCUCCCAUUUAGUCAACAGCCAAAAAAGCAAUGGUCAGCCACUCUACAAAAUUUACCCGCUAAAAGGUGAGGUUUGGGCUUUAUACAAGAAUUGGAAUAGUAAAUGGAAGCGCUCUGAUUAUGAAAAUUAUCAAUGCCAUGUUGUCCAAAUUCUGUCAGACUUGUGUGAGGGGGAUGUGAUAAGAGUAGCUAGGCUGAAAGAGGUGAAGGGUUGUCUGGCUUUCUUCCAUAGGCAACGAGUUGAUCAGUUUUAUCUAAGUCAGGAAGUUUCCACAAAAGAGAUGCUUAGUUUCUCUCAUCAAAUCCCUGCUUUCCAAGUGCCUAGAAUUAGGAAAUAUGGCAUUCGAGAAAGCUCAUGGUAUUUGGAACCAAAUGCUCUACCUCCCAAGCGCAGGAACUGAUUCCAGGUGAAAUCUCAUGGCAUUGCAACAUAUGGUCUUGAACAUGAAUCCUAACCAUGUGACGUGCGGCUCUCUAUCUCUUGCAACUAUAGCCUCCCUCCAUAGAUGAAAGGAUGAAAUGUGAAGUAGGGUGUCACCCAUUAAUAUGGCAUUUCAGAAAGCUCAUGGCAUUUGGAACCUAAUGCUCUACCUCCCAAGCACAGGAACUGAUUCCAGGAGAAAUCUCAUGGCAUUGCAACAUAUGGUCUUGAACAUGAAUUCUAACCAUGUGAUGUGCGGUUCUCUACCUCUUGUAACUAUAGCCUCCAUCUGUAGAUGAAAGGAUAAAAUGUGAAGUAGGUUGUCACCCAUUAAUAGUAUGCGGUACAUAUUUUAUUUCGAACAAGUGUUCUGUGAUCAAAUCAAUUGCCUCAUUAUAUAAAAUUUGAGUUGUUUAGAUGAA